UAUUGAAUGCACGCCAUGAUCCAGUCCUUUCAAUCUUUGGUCCGGAGUUUGGUUUGUAUACCGUGAAUGACAUGAUGUAGUACGGUCUUGUUAUUCCUGCGAGAGAGACUGCACUGGUAGAUCUGUAGAUCUCUACAUAGGCCACAGGGUCGUGCAUAUAGUCGCUGUUUCCUUGCAAUAAAGUCAGUACUAGUACUCUCAUCCUAGCUCUGGGCGUCAUCAAGGUCCUAUUGGCUAUUGACGUAUGUAGUGGAAUCAUGUAGAUGCUUCAUUCCCAAGUCCUCAUCACUCACCAAGACUGGACCAAUUUGACUGAAUAGUUUCUAUGCUGAACAUCUCUCUCCAGCUAUAUCGCACAGGAGGUGGUGGAGAUCAGUCUUGCUGAAGAGAAUACACCAGCACAGCAUGUUUGCUUCAAAGUUACGUGGUAAUCUCAAGAGUGUCAGUUACUUUGUUCAGCAUGGCUAUGGUGUGAGCACAGUAGCCUCGUCAAAACUCAAUGUUACUGGCAAGUUGAUAUCCGCUCAGGCAUCACCACACUCCAUUCCAGGUGUGAGGUAUCAGUCGCACUUGUCUGGUAAUCAUGCAACCACUGUACGAGAUGCCUACAACGCAAUUGAUUCAAUCUUCGAUAGAAUGAACAAGACACGCACAUUUCAAGCUAUUGAUUUGAUAUCUCAAUGUGCUCUUAUUCAACGGCAUGUAACUGAACUACGGAAUCCAAACAAGGUUAGGAAUAUCCUACAUGCUUGUGCUCUGGUCACGGAGCGUGACCAAGCUGGCAGUAUCUGCACUUAAUGAACUAGCCAGUCUACCCACUGAUAUCUGGCGAGAUUACAAGAAUCAAGAGCACCUGAGAUGGGUACUGGACUGGGCAGCAAAGUGUCGCUGUACAAGUCCAGUGUUCACGAAGUUACUACAACAGCAACUUGAUGUCCUGUGCCUUGAUCAAUGCAGAGAUGUUGCCCAGUGUACCCAUGCACUGUUUAUGUUGAAUUCACCCGACCGUUGCCUGGCGCAAAACUUGCUGAAUCGCUAUUUGACCAUACACAGUACAGGUGAUCCAAAGUAUCGUCAUAAUGUAGUACUCUCACUACUUCUCUACUGUACACUGUGUGGUGUAGAGUGCAGUGCCUUGCUGAAGCUGAUCAGUGUUGAUCAACUGAUACAGAAAUGCAAUGGCACACAGUUGCAACUGCUACUUUUGCACAACACUCUCCCUGUUACUGCUAAUCAACGACAACAGAUAAUUGACAAGUGUUCUGUGUGGUUCCAGGAAGAUGUGAAAAGUCAGCAAUCAGGUCGAAUGUAUGAUAUGCUGUCAUACUUCAUUGGCCCAAAGUACACCACUGGCAUGUCUCUGGUUGAUGGUGUGGAAGUUCGGGCAUUGUGCAUAUUCAACCAAGACCAUGCGCUAGUGGAGACUGACGCGUAUCCAGCUAAUGUAUACAAUGGUGUAUCAGUAGAUAUGACUGCAGCUACACGUCAUGGUUUCAGUGUUGUGGCCUGCCUGGGUGUGAAGGAUACACAACUACUACGUCAUCCUGGUCAUGUUCCCAAUGGUUAUCGUGUUCUUGAAGCAUCGGCACUGAAGUGGCAAGGAUGCUACUGUAUUCCGAUGAUCCUUGAACACGGGGCAGCAAAGACCCAGAAAAGUAGCCGAUUUGUUCCUGAUCUUAUGAUCAAUUAUCCCGAUCACAUUCCAGUGUUCAAACAUCUACUGGCACCCAAGCAGUGAUGGUCACCGGCAGUCACAUCUUACAGCGUACUUUGACACCGUCCUUUGUUUUGGAAGUGGCUCCGAGUCUGCUGGGUGGAUGUCGUAUCAUUACCAAGCACACCAAUGCACGGGACCGGUUGAUCUUGAACUUGAGCGGGGAAAGCAAGUAUUCUAUUUAGUCCUGCACACUAACGUAUAGUCCCUCUCUGCUCGGAAUUGAUGUCGUCUGCCUUGCUUAUUGGAAUUUGGAACAGCCAAGGCAGUGACAAACAAUUUUUACACAUGUAUGUAAUUCUUGAUGCAAGACAAUUUUUUUACACUUCAUCUUGCCCGGAAUUGCUCCCACCGAUGAUUUUCACGGUCGGUCAUUCUGGUGUGUUGUAGAUGUUGUCACUUUUGACUGAAGCUACAGGUGGUACUUGCACCAAGUGAAGCUUUUGCCUCAGUGCCCUGCAAAGCAGAGUCGGAUAGGAUAACUAGUGACUACUGUAUUUCUCAACGUAGCCGCUUACGACCUUGUCACAGUGUCUGUUCUUCUCAUAAUUAUGUACAUUGCUUGCUGACUGCCGCAUCUGUUGUGAUCUCAAACAUGUGUGCUGUCUCCUGGCUCAUUUUGAAACAUGGUUUAUGUCAGUAUUGUUAAAAUGUGUGCUGAUAAUACUACAAAUCAUUGUUUUCAACUUUUUACGUUACUACUGCUGUGAACAUAGAAGUCCAGUGGAAUGACCGGGCCGCGGGGACGGCACCCUGGUCUUACUUGCUUAGUUUGCACACGCACUGUGUAACACUUUAAAAACAUGGACCAGCACUGGUCACGGCUGCACGGCCAGCGCCUCGUGUCCGCUUGACUUUGCAGCGGAUUUCAAUGUCCGCUACGGGGUAGCAUACUGUAUUGUUUUGAUAUUGCUAUGUCACAGCCAACCCUCC